AUGCCGCCGGCGAUGGCGGAGCAGGAUGGAAAUGCCACGACGCCCUCCGCGCUCGCCCUCUUCGCCUCCCGCCUCUCCUAUCACAGGUUCGGGGACGAGGACCUCCGGGUGCUGGAGGCCGCGCUGUCCGCCGGCGCUGACGUACCCGCGCUGCUCGCCACGCGCUCGGCGGCCCGGAGUCUGCUUCAAGCAAGCGCGGCGGAGGCAUUCGCGUUCACCGCGACGGGUUCAGUGAUGGAUGGUGGGACCAGCCUCGCCGUCGCCGACUUCUUUUCACGCGCCUUCGCGCUCGUAGGCGAUGUCGAGAGCUGCCUUGCCAUGAGAUACGAGGCCCUGUUGCUUCGAGACGCUAAAUACUGCAACGAUCUUCACUUGCAAGUGUCCCGUCAGGAGUGGUUAGCUUUCGCAAAGGACUCUCUUGAUAAUGGCUUCUACACCAUUGCCUCCAAGGCUUUUGCAAAUGCUCUUGGGCACAUUCAUCCAAGCCACCCAGGGCGCUAG